ACAGUCAGUGCUAGAGAACAGUAGAAACAAAAACAUUCUGGGGAAAAAAAGACAGUUUUAAGUGCACAAAAUUAAAAGUGAUUUUACAACGAACACAGAACAAUGCUAAACGGUCACGGCUAUUACAUACGAAGGUGCCAAUCUUGGCCAAUGAGAAGAGGAGACCUAGCAGUGUUGAAAAUGCAGAUGGAGGUUUUUAACAAAAAUCCAUUGAAAGUUAAGCCGCCGGUGCCACCGAAACCCAAGCGUCUAACGAACUCAGUGAUGAACAAAGUUCGACAGUUUGAAUCGGAGAUGAAGCCAUUUAGCAAAGUUCUACCACAAAAGGAGAUUACAAUGAAAUCAAGAGUAGAUACAAAACAAUCGGGGGUUAAGCCCAAGCCAGAAGUUAAAUCAAAACCAGAGGUUAAAUCAAAACCAGAAGUUAUGGCAGAACCAGAAGUCAAGCCAGUUUUUAUGCAAUCCAUAAAGGUAAACAAUAUUUUAAAGACAGAUCUAGAGAUUAUACUAAAAGUAAAGGAUGACGGAAAGAUAGAAGUUGAAGAGGUUAUAGCACAGCCCAAGUUAGAAAUAGAAAUAAUAUCAAAGAUUAAACCAAAUUCCAUGUUAUCGAAGAAUAUCUUCCAAAAUAAUGUAAUGGCUAUACCAAAACUGGAUGCUAACGAAUCUUCAGAAGCUAAGCUCAAUCCGAAUCCUAACUUGGAACUCCAACCCGAGUUUAUAUCACCAAUCAGUUGCGAUGUCACGACUCAAACCGAGUUUGAGUGUUUCCCGCAGAGCGAAUGGGAGGGUUUUGGCAAGAUUGGAGAUGCUUUGGUGCCCAAAGUGGAAGUCAAACCAAAUCCAGUGACGAUGCUCAAGCCCCAGGAUAUAUUUAAAUCGGUGGAAGUGUCCAAUCUCGAAUCGGAUGCAGCCGUUAACAGCGAUCUUCAAAGGCAUUAUUUCGAUGAUAGUGUGUUGGAUGAUGUGCCAUCGUUCGAUGAGUUGUAUGCGGAAUGGAGAAGAUAUCGUGACAAUUUAGCUUUUGACGAUCAGCAGUACGAAAAAAUCCAACGCGACCGAAUGGAAAUCGAUGAACAACUCAAUAUUAUUAUAAAGGCAACGGAGAAGCUUAUCGAGGACUUCGAUCGAUGUUUUCCCCAGUUUUAGCCAAUUAGAAUAAACUCUUUUCGAUGUGCUAAAUA